AUCAUCGAGAAAGACCGCCAGAAAACCAAAAUCAGAAGAAGAGGAAGCAGCCAUUUUGGGAACAGCAAUAUUUUUCUACCGUAUUUUCACUAUUUUAUGGAACAUCAUCCAACUUCACAGAUACAAAAUGUAGGACAACCAUGCCAGCAACAACAAAAGAUUAACAUGCUACGACGAAGACGAAAUCCCUUGCACGAAGCGCGUGACCAUGCAUGUAAUUGCAGAGACACUGAAAUGCUGGAGGCGAAGUUCAUUAGCCCUCAAAAAGGCCGUGGUGUCUUUACCUUAGCACCAUUCCAGCAGGGUGAUUUUGUGGUUGAAUACAGAGGAGUAAUCAUUGAUGCAGCAGAAGCUCAUUAUAGGAGGAAAAUCUACCAUAAACAUUGGUGUGUCUUUUUGUUUGACUUUAAAUGGAAAGGCAAAUGGUGGUGCAUUGACGCAGCAUUGGAAGACAACAGUCUUGGGAGAUUGGUGAACAACGACCAUAAGACUCCUAAUUGCCGCAUGAAGUUAAUUGAGGUUGAUCGUAAACCACAUCUCUGUUUGUUCGCCCUCCGUGAUAUUUGCCAAAGAGAGGAGAUCACUUAUGAUUAUGGCGGAACAGACUGGCCAUGGAGAAAUGAGGGUGAUGAUGCCACUUGCAGCCUGGAAACUGUGCCUUCUACCAGUGAUCUCUCAACAUGUGCCACUCAGGGUGAUGAUGCCACUUGCAGCCUGGAAAAUGUGCCUUCUACCAGUGAUUUCCCAACAUGUGCCACUCAGGGUGAGGAUGCCACUUGCAGCCUGGAAAAUGUGCCUUCUACCAGUGAUUUCCCAACCAGUGAUCUCUCAACAUGUGCCACUCAGAUGAAGUCAACCAUUAUUGCCUAUGAGGACUACACUGAAACUACUCCAGAUGAGGAUGAAGAUUAUAUUCCUUCCUCUGAAGAAUCCAGUUCUUCGGAAGGUUCUUCUGUUAUGCCGCCACCCAUAAUGAAAAGAAAGGCUAUUCAGAUGAAGUCCUCCAUUCCUGAUUAUCAAGAAUCCAGUUCUUCGGAAGGUUCUUCUGUUAUCAUUAUCAGGAGAGAGGGUGAAGUUUCUUCUAUGCCUUUGUCAGCCUUCAUGUUAAGAAACAAAUCUGAUCCUCACGAAGACAUAGACUGGGCUUUAAGUGAAACAGAAAAACAGCUCUGUCGGCAUUUUUCAAGAAUAGAAACUAGAGGCAAACGUGGACGCAAAGUCCCCAUACUUCUGACACCAAAGAUGGUCAGCUCAUUAGAAUUACUUGUCAGCUCAAGAGAAAAGUGUGGCAUACAGAGGGGCAACCCAUACUUUUUUGUUGCCACUCUGUCUACAGUACUUAACAUGACGGAAACGGAAAUGGACCAGUUGGCUAAUUUCCUAGGACAUGACCUCGUUGUGCACAGAGAAUAUUACAGACUACCAGAGGGAACAUUGCAACUCGCAAAAAUCAGAAAGGUGCUGAUGUCUAUUGAACAAGGCCGACUAAUGGAAUUCAAAGGAAAAAAUCUCGAUGAAAUCGAAAUUCAACCUCACGAGAAAGUUCAGCUGCUAGAUGAGGGAAUGGAGGAUGAAGAACACGAGGACAUUGGUGUCCAACCAGCAGAUGAUGUCGGGUCACUUUCAGAGAUAUCCCUGCAAGAUACAGAUCAGCGGAGACCCAUGUCAUUUCCAGAAGAUGUCCGCUUGCUUUCCAAUGUAUCAUUGGAAGAUACAGCACAGCUGCAGCAUUCAAAAGAUGUCGGGUCACUUCCCGAUGUAUCCUUGCAAGAUACAGAACAGCUGGGACCCAUGUCAUUUCCAAAAGAGAAGCCACGUCACACUUCAAGUCCUAAAGCUCACUUUGUUCCAAAGAGAAAAUGGGAGACGAAGGAAGUGGAAGCAAUAGAAAAGCACUUGAGUACUUUUCUUAAAUCUUUACGUGUCCCAGGAAAACUAGACUGUGUUAGAUGCUUAGAAGCAGAGCCCACAGCUUUAAAAAACAGAAACUGGCAGGCUAUCAAAUUUUUUGUGCAUAAUCGAAUUGUUUCCCUCAAAAGAAAACUGUAAUUCUUGAAUUUCCUGUAAUCAGUUUGGAGUGAAUAAUAGUAGAGAGAAAAAGUAAUGCAGAGAGAAGCCAUUCUAGGCAUCUCAUGAGAGUGUUCGUAACGUAAGCUAUGGGUACAGUUUAUAGCAUAUGAUUUUUUUUUUUCUUUUUAAAUCUAUCAGUUGGUACCCACAACUGAUGUUUUAUCCUACCUCACCUUAAUUGGUUCCCACAAGUGACAUUUUUAUUUUGCCUCAAGUAUUUUGCAGUAGCUGAGUGUAUUCCGUGUCGUCUUAAGUUCCUUUGUAUGGUCUUCACAACGGAUGUUUUAUUCUACCUCAGCUUGCUAUGCAUUGUCCUAUUGAAGUUAUGUGUGUCUGUGUGUAGGACAGAAGUAAUUGUUUCCCUCAAAAGAAAACUGUAAUUCCUGCCA